GCACACUCGCGUUUCUACGUUUUGCUUCCAACCUGGUCCGUUAACUUAUUACAAAUUACAACCUUCGAUUUGAUGUUUCAAAGAAGCGGCAAGUGAAAUGGCCCAAAGCGUUCAAUGGGGCAAUGACUGAAGUAGCACGUCUAUUGCAUAACGACGUAUGUUCGGUCCACCGUUCAAGCAUGCAUCAUGGACCCAAACUGCGCAUUCAGGCGGACUACACCCAACGCCUUGCAACGCCGGCCAUAUCGUUCAAAGAGGAAUCGGCCGUGUAUGCUCUGUCGUUCACGUAAGACCUCAUGUCGCCGUGCGGAAAAAGACAUAGCGUGCAUAACGUGCCGCAAACGAGGUCAACGUUGCAGCUUUCUCGAUGAUCUCACUCAAGAGUCAGGAACCGCCUCUGUAACCGGGGGAAGCCCUAAUGAUGGCUAUGGCUUGGAUGACCUGGGGCAGGCCGGAGUCGACUUCGGCACUUCAACAGCCCUGCCAGAAGGUUUGGCCAGUGAUGUUGUUCCGGGCUCCCUAGAGGACCAAGCGAACGACCGCUUCAGUCAAUAUUCCGUGGACGUGGACGCAAUAUACGGAGACUUCACCGAUGAAAGGAUCUGGAGCAGCCCUCCGCCGGAUGAGACACAACCUGCGAGCACUACCUUCUUCAUCAUUAAUCUAAGACACACGAGCAAGCAGCUCUGCUGCCAACAUUAGAAGCCCUGUCGAAAGGCGCAAAUUCCGCGCACGAGAUCGGGGGUAGAUUCUCGACAGAACCACACGCUGGUUGUGUACAGUAAUCUUACCCGAUCGAUGCGACUUUCACCAUCGACCAAAGACAUGGGUUUCAAAGCGCGUACUUUGGUCUUUCGGAAGAGUCGGACCCUUAUCUUCUCCGACACUACUUGUAUGACGACGCAGAUGAAUUUCCUUUUCUUCGAGUAAUAUAUCGAAGGGCACAGCCCUGGACCCCUGCCCAUCG